AUGCAAGAAAAACCAGGCACGGUCGCCGCAUAUGCGGCCGGUGCAUCCCUCGCUGCGGUCGCCUUAUUCUAUGUCUUCGGGCCGAACUACACGAUCGAUGGCGAUGACUCGUUUGACAGCAACCGGAAAAAGAGCAUCGUCGGGCUGUCCAAUCCCGCCAAUGACUGCUUUAUCAACUCAGUACUGCAGGCCCUCGCCGGUCUCGGCGAUUUACGCGUAUACCUGAUCAGAGAACUUCACCGUCGUGAGCUGGAUGGACCGGAGAUGUACAAUCUUCUUCCAGAUUUGGACGACUUUCCCCGUGGACAAAGACCGGAUAAGCUUCGAGAGCUUCAACAAGGGACCAUUACAAGGGCGCUGAAGGAAAUUCUGGAUCGACUUAAUGAGCGCCCGAUAUACAAGAAGACGAUCUCCGCUCGAGCCUUUAUUCAAUCGCUGGAAUAUGCUUAUCGGACCCGGAUCAGCCGCAAUCAACAGGAUGCACAGGAGUUCUUGCAAAUCGUGGCUGAAAGAUUGAGCGAUGAAUACCACGCCGGUGUCAAGGCGCGACAGCGGUUUCAGGGCGCUAUUGAGAUGCCCGAGGGGUCAGGUACCUCUGAGCAAGAAAGCACGGUCGAGUCGGAAAAGAGCCCGACUGAGAUCGAGGUGCGCAUAGAUGACGGCUCGUCUAACGGUCUUCCUGCGAUCAUCGAUACAAAACUCAAGGAAAUCGAUAACGAGUAUGGCUUUCCAUUUGAGGGCAAGAUGGAGUCACAGAUUGAAUGCCAGUUCUGCCAUUAUCAAUACAAACCAAACCAAACCUCCUUCGUGAACCUGACGCUCCAGGUGCCCCAGAAAAGCUCCACCACACUCAACGCAUGCUUUGACGGUCUUCUCAAAACCGAGUACAUUGAAGAUUUCAAGUGCGACAAAUGUCGACUACAGCAUGCACUUGACACGAAGACCCAUGAACUCGCGCGAACUCGCGCAGGAAAAGACCGGGAGCACCUGGAGAGGGAAAUUGAAACGAUCCAAACUGCUCUGGCCAAAGACCCCGAGGGUCCUCUAGAAGGGGUCACUCUGCCCGCUGCUGAAUUUGCUCCCAAGCGCAAGAUUGCACGUCACAUGAGAAUCACAGUUUUCCCCAAAAUAAUUGCAAUUCAUCUUUCACGUUCAAUCUUCGACCGAAGCAGUUCUACCAAGAAUGCAGCCAAGGUGUCAUUCCCUGAGCGGCUACCUUUGGGAGGCAUCCUAAAUCAAACAUGGUUCAAGCUGCUGGCGAUUGUCUGCCACAAAGGCAGUCACCAUAGCGGGCACUACGAAUCCUUCCGACGCAACAAUCUCUAUCCGCCUUUCGCAACCCCGGGGGCCUUCAGCUCCUACGCUCAGAGUCGAGCAGCCAGCGCCACUCCUUCGCGGGCCCCAAGCCCUCGUCCGGAGGCCCGCAACGCUCCUGAUGCAGAGUCUUCCAACCCCAACAUGUCGGCGUCGACAUCCUCGCCGUCUCUCUCGUCACUAUCCUCAGAGCCCUCACAGUCCGCAUCAAACAAGAAAUCCAAAGCUUCAUCCCAGCUAAACACACCUUCAUCGCCCGCUCGCCCCAGCACAUCAAGCUCCCGCAUUUCCUUCCAGAGCCAUCGCUCAAAAUCAAAGCAACGACUGUCCCCUGAGUCGGCUCCCCAGAGCCCUGCCGCCACCGAAGGUAGCCGCUUCAGCAAGUCCGGAUCAAGGACAUCGUUCAUGAGCGAGCGUAUAUCACCGAGUCCCUCAUUCGACACGUCCUCCGGAUCCGCCUCGCGCCUUCGCCGCCGCCGCAAGGCAAACGACCGCUGGUGGCGUAUCUCCGACGAGAAGAUCAAGGAAUGCAAGACCUCCGACGUGCUGGGCAUGCAAAAGGAAGUCUACCUUUUAUUCUACGAAAUGGAGAAGCCUGCGCAUGGCCCGCAAGUUCCUACUGGCGUUUGA